AAACGACUUCACGAUCGACUUGGCACCCGGCUGGCGAUCCUGUUGAACAGCUCAUUGGUCCUCUGCCAGCGUCGUGCUUUUUUGCGAGCUAGCGAGGCUUCUCCACCCCCUGGUCUGCGUGUCUGCCCCGGUCCAGUCCAAAGUCCCAGUCCCUGGCGCGGUCGUGAUGUCGACCAAGACCCUUGUCUGGGGACAAGAAGCCCGGCAGGCCUCCUGGUUUCUUCACUCAGCCUGGGCAACAAGCUUGAUUCGGCUCGAUCUGGUAACCCACGACGACGCGAUUGGUUUGAUCACUCUUGGACCGAACUCACCAAGGUGUUUUGCAUGAUUCGUGCCAACUCCCGACGAGGAGCCUUCACAUUACUUUAAAUGCUGCCACCUCCACCGCCGAGUUUCUGUUCUCCAAUAUCGAGCAGUUCGCAUCACUUGUAGCUUUGAUACCCAACCCAGUCGACCCACUAGAAUCCGCUCUCUGUACACAAAGCAUCUACUAUGCAGGUCAAAACCCUUCUCCCUCUGGCUUUGGCCAGCGCUGUGCUCGCCCAGAGCCAACAAAGCUUGACGGCUGCUCUAGCUUCUCAGAACUCUAGCUUGUCGUCUCUCACAGCACUCCUAGGCACCCAGCCGGCUCUGGUCGAAGCUCUUUCCCAAGCACAGAACAUCACCAUCCUGGCACCUAGCAAUGCCGCCCUCGAGGCAUUCCUCGCAAGCCCUGGUGCCCAAGGUGCGGCGACCAACCCCGGCCUCGUCGCCGCGAUUCUUCAGUACCACGUCCUGAACGGCACCUACUACGCCUCCCAGUUCACCGAAGAGCCGCAGUUUAUCCCCACCCUGCUCUCGAACGAGACUUAUGCCAACGUCACCGGCGGUCAGCGCGUUCAGGCCCAGACUGUUGGUGGUAACGUCACUUUCUACUCUGCCUUGAGAGAAAACUCGACCGUCACGGCCGGCAAUGUCAACUUCACCGCUGGAACCAUCCACAUCAUCGACAAGGUCUUGAGCGUUCCCCAGCCGAUUCCUGACACCCUUCGUGCUGCCAACCUCACUGCUGCUUUGGGUGCUGUCCAGGCCGCAAACGUCGGCCCCGCUCUUGCCGCCGCAAAGGAUCUGACAAUCUUCAUCCCCAACAAUGAGGCCUUCCGCUCUAUCGGUAACCUCACCGCCAACCUGACCGCGGCGCUGCCCAGCAUUCUCCAGUACCACGUCGUCGCCGGCGCCGUCUUGUACAGCCCCGAUAUCACGAACACUUCAUUGACUACGCUCAAUGGAGGAAACGUCACCAUCCGUGUCAUCAAUGAGACCGUCUACGUCAACGAGGCCGAGGUUCUCAUCCCCAAUGUUCUUGUAGCCAACGGUGUUGUCCACGUCAUCGACAACGUCUUGAACCCCAACAACACGUCCGUGGAGCCUGAUACCACGGCCUCCACCCGCGCGCCCGCAUACACUGGCGCUGGUACUGCCACCGACGGCAGCAACCCCUUCACCAGCGGCAUCACCGGUCCCACUUCAACUGCUCCCCUCGCCACUGAGACUGGAGCCAACAACGGUGGUGGUGUCCGCACCACCUCCUCCAGCACUCAGGCUGGCCCUAUGCGCACUGCCGCUGUUGGCGCUGCUGCCCUCUUCGGUGGUAUGGCUGCUUACAUGAACAUCUAAAUGUACCCAUUAUUCGACAAAAAGUUAGGGAUGAGGGAAAGGAAUAGGAG